CUUCUAUGGAUCACGCUGAAGUGCCCUUGUCAUUAAUGUGACGGAGAAUGAACGUAUAUCCCUGUGUAAAGGGAAAGGAGCCGUGAUAUGAACAAGUCCUAUGAUAACGUUCUAUAAUCGACACAAAAGGGGAAGUCACAUUGUGCAAAGGAUAAUAAUUAAGCCCUGGGACUGUGCACUUUGUUACUAACAAGACCAGAGCUGGUGCUAAAAAUGGAUACAAACACCAAUGUGAGGUCGCUCGCUGCACGGUUUAAUUCGGCACCCAGUACCAUGGAGAGCCCAGUGAAGUCCCCAGAAGCACCUGCUUUAAAGGGGAUACAAGCCAAAAUGGCAGGAUUUGAGAAAUUCUCCAAUUCUCCUCCAGGAGGUACAGGGCCUUCAGGGAUAAUCCCCAAGAAACCUCCAUUAACUAAACCAGGAUUCAAACCAGUGACAGAAGACACGAAAACUCCUUUUUCAAAACCCAGUGUAGGAGUCAAUCGAACUCUUGGGUCUUUUCACAACGGCAACAAUGAAGCGGGUGCAAAAGCUCCGUACUCAAGGCCAGCUGGAUUUCGUACUUUCGAUCAACAAAAAGAAGAGCCAAAAGGGCCAACUCCCAGGCCGUUAGGUAAUAAGCCCUCCCUCGGUGCCAGUUCUCCGCAGGGGUCAAAGGCAGAAGGGUUCAGGCCAUCCCCACAGCCACAGCACAAAGAAAAUAAUGAAAAACCUGCUUUUCCCAAGCCUUCUGCUUUGAAAAACUUUAACAUGGCCUCAGAAAGUGAUUCAAAACCUCAAUUCCCCAAAAAACCUUUAGCAACAAGAUCCUCUGGAACUUCUGUCCCAACAUCUUUUGAGAACAAUAAAAAUGCCUUUGUGCCCAAAAACUCAACUCCACAGGAAAACAAGCCACUGAAGCAAACAAAGGAUCCCCCAGAAACCAGUGAACCACCAAGUUCUGUUUCCCAGCCUUUCCCUGGAGUGGCUUUAAGAUCCACUGCACCUAAACCAAUCCAAAGUCCGUUUCUAAAGCAAGCCAAGGAGGAGCCUACUGGAGGACCAAAGCCAAAUAUAUCAGCAAAAGAGUUUUUCAAGGCCAACCAAAAUGGUAGCUCCGUACCAACUGUGACCAAGUUUCCAAAAGUGCAGACAACAUUUACAGCCAGUUCCCUGGACAAAUUAAAGGAGCAGAAAGAUCCCUCCUCAGAACCCAAGAGAAGACCUCUACCGCCAUUGUUUAAGUUGGGACCUCCUCCUCAGAAGCCAACAAGACCCCCUAAUGUAAACUUGGAGCAAUUUAAGAGUCCUAAAUGGGCUGGUGGCAACAAAGCAUCUCAUAGUGAACACAGGACAUCAGCCUUAUCCAGUGCAUUACCACCCCCUCCUCCAUCUCAAAUAUCUCCAGGGGCACCUUUACCCCCACCUCCACUCAGCUCUCUAUCAAACAAAGAGCCUGUAAGUUCACCAUCGGUACCUAACUUACCUCCUCGAAACAUCCCGAUACCCAGGGAUGAUGAAAAUUACGAUGAUGUGGAAGGUCCUUCUAUUGCCGAAGAAGAGAGCCUAGAAAGUGAUGGUGAAUUGUAUGAAGGAAUUCCAGGAGAAAGCGAGGCCUUUGUUAGGCAACAAGAACUAAAGAAUGAGAAGGAGGAAAAGAAGAAACUGGAACAGCAAAGAAAAGAGCAAAAAGAAAGGGAAAAGAAAGAACAGGAAAUAAGGAAAAAGUUCAAACUAACAGGUCCUAUUGAGGCCAUUCAUCAAGUGAAGGCUUGUACCGAUUAUAAAGGUGGGAAAAACGAGCUCAGUAUUAAGGAGGGAGAUCCGAUUGAAAUAAUUCGUGUUACAAACAAUCCCGAAGGAAAGUGGCUGGGCAGGAUGAACGGCUGUUAUGGUUAUAUCAAAACAACAAUGGUGAACAUUGACUAUGAUUCACUAAAAAGGAAAAAAUCCACAAUGCAUGUGCCCAAACCUUUUAAGCAGGAAGUGAAUGAUCAAGAGAUAUAUGAUGAUGUUGAGGACAACAACAGCACCAAGAGCAGUGGUGGAAGCGGUAGUGCCCAUUUUCCACCUCCCCCAGAUGAUAUCUAUGAUGGAGUAGAUGAAGGCAUAAACGAUGGUGACACUUUCUGCACCCUACAAAGCUCUUUACCGCAGGAUGAAGACAAAAUAAAUGCCUGGAAAUGGGGGAUUUUAAAGAAGCUCAAAACUCCCGAUUUUAAAAAGAAAAGUGUAUAUAAAACUUCAGCAAAAGAAGAAAGUGAAGAAAAUGAUUUUGUUAUGGUGCCAGAACCAACACAAGCAUUCUCUCCAGACAGCGAUGUUUACGAUGAUGUCGGUGAGAGUGACUUUCCACCUCCACCUUCUGAAUCCAGUUUAAUGGCCCAUCUGAAAAUAUCAUCACUUGGUAGAACAACUGAGAAAGACAAGACUUUGAAAAAGCUAGAAAAAGAGGAGAAAGAAUUCAGGAAAAAAUUCAAGUUCACUGAUGAAAUUAAAGUUCUUUCUACGGUUCAUGUAGCAACCACUUUAACAACAAAGAAAUUUGGCUCAAAAGAUCUACAUAUAAAGCCUGGAGAGUCACUGGAAGUAAUACAACACACAAACGAAACUCAAAUUCUCUGUAGAAGCAAAGAAGGAAAAUAUGGUUACGUGCUAAGAAGCAACUUACCAGAUAUGGAUGGUGAAAUCUAUGAUGACAUAGGAGAAGAUUGCGUCUAUGAUAACGACUGAACCUGUUUUACCAGCGAUGGGUCCUGUUUGUUCGCUGCUCUCUUCAGCACAGAAUUAAUACAUCUUUAUACAUAGCAGCAGCAUGGCUUGUGUUCUCCUGGACCAUUCAAAUAUAUUAUUUUACCAAUUCCAGCCCCAGAUAUGUCCACUUACCCUAAUCUAAGUGACAAUCCUUGAAGGAUACAAAACGCAAAUAAAAUGAAAGCACUUGCAUUAUAAAGCUUUACCCACCAUGAAUUGCUUCCCUAUACCCGGGCCUCUUUGCUAAUGGACAGAAAAGCUUGUAUUUUCCUUUGAGAGAAGGAGAGAAUAGAGCAGCCAUUGUUUCUCCUUUUGGGGGUUAAUUCCAUACUACAAAGUAAAUAAUGACAUUAAUGAUAAUUUAAACAAACAGCCUCCUGUGUUAUCAAAGACUUUUUUGUUAGGUUUGGAACCUAAAUUUUUAAUUUUGUUAAUCAACAACAUUUUUAUAUUUCAAAACGUUAUCCUAACCAUAAGUGUGCAAAUUGGUUCUGGAUCACAAUUCAGAAAAUAUUUGAAUGCGCUGAAAUAUUUCCGUUCUGUAAACUGUUAUAGUUUCAUGAUCAGGUUUAUACAGGUAAUGCCCAGUUCCAGGAAAGAGACACACUGCAAGGAACUGCAAAUCAUGCACCGAUGGAUAUGGUGUCCUAUACGUGGAUCUCAGGCGGUUAUAAGAAUGGACUGCUUACUUUAUAGUAAAUUGCAAGGAGACUAGAGAUCGAUCCAUUGCAAUUUGCAAUAUAUGCAACAAAGAUAAUAAUAUGUAAAUAUUCAUUUUUUAAUCUAUUUUAGUUAACAUUUGUUCUGUAUUUUCCUGUGACUUGCAUUUGUUCUCUCUAUACGAUAGAGAUGCAUUAAACAUAGGGCGAGUUUAUUAAAGGAACAAUAACAUCAAAAAAUGAAAGUGUUUUUAAGUAAUGAAUAAAUAAUAUAGUGUUGCCCUG